AUGGUGUCCAUUAGCAAGGGCCAUGAUGGCCUUCGUGGUGCUCUGACUUCCAGUCUUGUUCUUGCCGGAAAUCUGCUCUUCAACGCGUUACCCGUCCAAGGCCAAGCUGUGCUUCCAGCCCGAAACGAGACAGGGGUUUCCGCAUAUCUGUUCGACUUGAGCCAAGUCCAGCUUACCGACAGUCGCUGGCUGGAUAACCAAGACCGCACUCUUGCGUACCUCAAGGCAGUCGACGUCGAGAGGCUUCUCUAUAACUUUCGGUCAAAUCACAACCUGUCCACGAAUGGCGCUUCGGCAAACGGAGGUUGGGACGAUCCAACCUUCCCCUUUCGAUCCCACGUGCAGGGACAUAUCCUGACUGCCUGGGCCCAAUGCUGGGUGACGCUCCAGGACACGGAAUGCCGGGACCGGGCUACAUAUUUCGUCGCCGAGUUGGCCAAGUGUCAGGCCAAUGAUGCGAAUGCUGGCUUCGCCACGGGGUAUCUGUCAGGCUUCCCAGAAUCCGACUUUACACUCUUGGAGUCCGGGACGCUCACCAAUGGCAAUGUCCCUUACUAUGUGAUCCACAAGACACUAGCCGGCCUACUCGACGUCUGGCGUCAUAUAGGUGACACGAAUGCCAAAGACGUCUUGCUGGCGUUGGCAGGAUGGGUGAACACGCGGACAGGCAAGCUCAGCACCAGCAAUAUGCAGAGUCUCAUGCAAACGGAAUUUGGUGGAAUGAAUGAUGUGCUCGCGGAAAUCUACUACUGGACAGGAGAUAGUCAGUGGUUGACUACGGCCCAGCGAUUCGACCAUGCCGCCGUAUUCGACCCGCUCGCCUCUGAUGAGGAUCAGCUCAAUGGAUUGCACGCGAACACCCAGGUGCCAAAGUGGAUUGGCGCAGUGCACGAGUACAAGCAGACCGGCACUACACGAUACCUCGAUAUUGCCAAGAAUGCCUGGGACAUCACUGUCAACGACCAUACCUACGCCAUCGGCGGUAACAGCCAGGCCGAACAUUUUCACGAAGCCGACAUCAUCGCGGGCUAUCUUACCAACGACACCGCUGAGGCGUGUAACAGCUACAACAUGCUGAAGCUGACGAGGGAGUUGUGGACAAUCGACCCCGACGCGAGCUACUUCGAUUUCUACGAGCGAGCCCUGUUGAACCAUCUGCUUGGCCAGCAGAAUCCCAGCAGUAAUCACGGCCACAUCACGUACUUCACUCCUCUGGACGCGGGCGGACAUCGUGGCAUCGGCCCAGCUUGGGGAGGCGGGACAUGGUCGACUGACUACGAGUCCUUCUGGUGCUGCCAGGGGACGGGCGUGGAGACAAACACGAAGCUCAUGGACUCGAUCUACGCCUAUGACGAGUCGUCACUCUACGUCAACCUGUUCACCCCCUCCAAGUUGAACUGGAUCCAGCGCAGCACUACCGUCACACAGACGACGACCUACCCAGUGGGCGACACGACGACCCUGACAGUCGUGGGUGCGGGCACAUGGGAUAUGAAGAUUCGCAUUCCAUCCUGGACAUCAGGUGCUGCGAUCGCGGUCAAUGGUGAACAACGGACCACCACCACGACCCCAGGCUCAUACCUUACCCUCUCGCGGACCUGGGCCUCGGGCGACACGGUCACCGUCGCGCUGCCGAUGACACUGCGACUCAUCGCCGCCAACGACGACCAGAGCCUCGCCGCUGUGGCGUACGGACCGACGGUAUUGUCCGGCAAUUACGGCAACAGUUCGCUUAGCUCGGCCCCGACUUUGACGUUGAGCUCAUUGGUUCGAACGAGUACCUCGACCUUGGACUUCACGGGCAUGGCUAAUGGGGAGAAUGUGAGCCUGGGUCCUUUCUAUGAUGCGCAGGGGUUCAAUUAUGUUGUGUAUUGGUCGGUAUCGGGCUCCCUUCCUUCAUGA